AUGAACAGUCAACACUAUCAUGGUGGACAUCAUCAACAACAACAACAACUGCAGCAACAACCACAACAACAGCAACAACAGAUAGUACCAGCAAAAGUGAAGAAAGAUGUUGAUAGAUCUUUGGUCGAAGGAUAUACAGAGUUGAUUAUACAGCCACAGACUCGUAAACUCAGACAGGAUAAGAUUAGAUUGAACUGUAGACAGAUCGUUGUUAGUCGUGUAGAGGUAAACAAUGUUGAAGCACAGUUCACACUGAAGAACUAUCUCGAGUGUAUCGUUGGUUCACCAGAUGUACGUGAUCUCGACACCUUUCAAGCAUACCAUCGUGCUGCCACUCAUGCAUCGGAAGAAGGUGAACUCUCCAUUGAAAUACCAUCAAAUGUACAAUUCUAUGAAAUCAUAACUGAAACUAUAAAUCAGGUUGUCGAUGAAAAUUCAAAAGAUGGUGGUGUUGGAAGUGGAAGUGGAAACAAUAGUAAGUUGAAUGAAAGUACAAAGGAUCUGUCGUUGUCUACAAGUGGAGCAGUUCUUCCCAGUACCGGAAGCGGUGCGGCACCACAGACAAGACAACACAUACAGUUCUCUCCGUUGUUUGUAAAGGUGUAUUACAAGUUGGCGUCGCCAGCCGGUGGGGUUAUGUUUGUCAAGCCCGAUCUAGUGGAGUGGCCAACGAGACGUGCUCAUUGUUACACAGUUUCUCAGGCGGAUGGCGCGCGUAUGUGGUUUCCAUGCUGCGACCAACUCUCUGAGAAGUGCACAUGGGAGCUUGAUCUGACUGCGCGCGCUGACCAGGUGGUAGUUGCCACCGGCCAACUCUUGGAGAAGGUCGCCAGCGAGGAUGAAACACGCAACACCUUUAUCUAUCGCCAGGAGGUGCCUACUUGUGCUGCCGGUAUCGGUAUGGCAGUCGGUCCGUUUGAGAUCUAUCCGGAUCCAUUCCUCCACAGUGUCAACCACUUUUGUCUGCCACACCGACUGGCCGAUCUCAAGCAAUCGGUUCACUUCUUCACGACGGCAUUCAAAUUCUACGAGGAAAAGAUGUUUGGAAUCAAUCACUAUCGAUUGCAACUCUCAAAGGACAUUGAAUACGUCACCGAGCUCGACAAUGGAACUCAGCCACCGCUCUCCUACGAGCAUUUCAACCAUCCAACAGAACUACUCUCUGAAUUCCAACGUAGAAAAGCACCUCUUAUCAUCUACAUGAUUGAGCGACUCAUCUCUGAAGACGGUCUUCGUAAAGUACUGAACAGCAUGUUGGUCUCCCAAACUGGAAACGAACCCAUAGAAACAAUCAUGCCAACCAAAAAGUUUUUGAAAAUGAUAAAAACACUCACAGGACAAGAUUUAAAGCAAUUCUCAGAGAGAUGGAUUUUUGGAAAAGGAACACCUCAUUUAUUAUGUGGAUUCUAUUUCAAUAGAAAGAGACAUCAAACAGAGUUUGCGAUGAAACAACUUGCUGCGAGACCAGAAGACAAGAUAACGUCACCCAUUACACUGAGGAUUACAGAGUUGGAUAGAACCUACGAGCAUAUCAUCAAUUUCGACGACGAUUGGAAUCAAUACGACUUUCCUUGUCACUCGCGUAAUCGUAAGAGUAAGAAGAAGAAGAUUCGUCACGACGACGGCGAGGAAAUGGAAAUCGAUCUCUCACAAAAGCGUGAGACACCACUACUCUGGUUCCGUAUCGACCCAGAGAUCGAAUGGAUUCACAAGAUCACUUUUAAACAACCGGAAUACAUGUGGGUUCAUCAGCUCGAAUUGGAUCGUGAUGUGAUCGCCCAAUCAGAGGCACUCUGUGGUCUAGCCAGCUUCCCAACACUCUAUUCACUACGAUCGGUAUUUAAAUUCUUUUGUAAUCAAAAACAAUAUUAUAAAGUUAGAAUGGAGGCUGCAUUAGUCAUUGCUAAAAUUUCAUGUAAAGAAACAAAUUAUGAAGGAUUGGAAUUAAUGAUUAGCUAUUUUAAAUCACAAUUCUAUGAUCAAGAGAGUGGAUUGUUGGAUGAAAACAAUUUUACAGAUUUCAUCAAUUAUUACAUUCGAAAGAUCAUCCCUGUUUCAGUUUCAUUAAUGAAAGAUAAAGAUGGUAGAACACCAGCUGAGGCCAUUGAAUUCUUGGUCGAUUUAUUAAAGAAUAAUGAAAACUCUUCCAAUCCUUUUUCAGAUAAUUAUUAUUUGGCAUCGAUUAUGUCAUCGUUGGCCAAUGUAAAUACAAACAAUGAUCAACUCAUUAAAUCGAUGCAUAAUCAGAUUGUCAGAUAUCUAAAGUUUGACCAACUGUAUCCAUGCUAUCGAAAUACGAUCACCAUUGCAGCGUUGCAGGCACUCUGUCAUUUCCAGACUAUGAAAUACAUUCCAGUCGAUCUACAGAUCUUCCUGAACCACACUCAAUAUCGUUACUUUGAGGAGAUCAGAAAGACUGCUUUUUCUUGCUACUAUAAACUUGCCUACCUAUUCCCAACCUACACAAACUAUCCUCCAUCUAUAUAUUCAUCAUCCACCACCACAUCCUCUUCAACUUCAAAAUCAAUUGUUCCAUCAUCAUCUUCGUCUUCAUCAAGAACUUUACAUUUACAUUUUAUUUUAGAUUGUUUUGAAAAAGAGAAAUCUCCAUCAAUGAAACAUUUCUUUAUUGAUCUAAUUAGUAGUCCACCUAUUUCAAUGGAGGAAAGAUCAUAUAUUUCAAUCUUUAAAGACGAUUAUCAUUUAAUUGAUAGACUAUGGAGUAUAUUAAAUUCCAAUAUGACAGCUUAUGAUUUCUUACUUAGAUUUAGUAUUCAAAAACUAUACAAGAAUUUCUAUGGUAGUAACACUCCAAUGAUUAUCGUACACAGAAGAAAGAAAGCUCCAUCAUCCAAUAUCAAACUAAAGGCAAUCGUUGGUUCUACAUCAAGUCAAAAGCCACCUUCAUCUCAUCAUUCUAGACAUUCUUCAAGUAGUAGUAGAGGAGAUAGAAUAUUAUCACAUGUAUCCAGUAGUUCGAACUCUUCAUCCUCUGUUUUGAAAAAGAGAAAACAACCAGAGGAAUUUGAACCACCACUAAAGAUUCACAUCAAGGUGGAAGCGCCACCACCAAGUGGAAAUCAAUCACCUCUCUCACAAACCAAUCACUCUUCACAUUCACCAAUGAGUAAGACUGAAGAAAAUGUUGGUGGACAUCAUCGUGGUUCCAGUGAGAAGGAUAGUCAUGGACAUCACCACCAUCACCAUCAUCGUAAUAGCGCUGGUUUACCACCAGGAGGUAACACAGGAAGUCUUGGUCCUUCUGCCAAUAACGAUCCAUUCAGCGGUGCUUCGGAAACCAAGGAAGAUCUACUGAAGAAACUUCUCGAAAGCGAGGACUUUAAUGACGAUAAUGAAUUCAAAGAGUUCUUGGAGUUGUCGCGUGAAAAGAAACAUCGUAAGCAUCACCGAAGUGAUAGAUCGUCGCGUGAAGGUCACCAUCGUGAACACCGUGGCGACCACAACGACCCAAUUGAGAAUCUCGACAAGGACAUUGCUCGUGAUCUAUCGAAGGAGCUCAAUCGUGAGCAUCGUGGCAAGGACAAAGAUCUAUUUGGUGCCAUUCUCAACUUGGACCUGGAGGCAGACGAGGACUUUAAGAAGGAUCUCGAUUUGAUUGAAGAUCUCGGAUCGCGUGAGCUCAGUCGAUCGUCGAGAAACAGAAGUAAACAUCACAGUAAACAUAGUGACCAUCAUCGUGGCGAUAGAGAAAGAGAGUACAGAGAUAAGGAAAGAGGAGAACAUCGUAGUAGCAUUGAGAAGAGUAACAGCGAACAAUCUUCUCUUUCAACAACAAGACCUCAACAACCACCAUCUGGUGUCAUCCCACCGCUUGACGAAGAGAUAUUGAAUAUUGAAAAGGAUGAAGGUUUAGUAUUUGGAGGCAGCAAUACCAAUGCUAAUAGACUUAAAGAUAGAGAUAGAGAGAUGGUUCCUGUUGGUGGUCGUCCAGACAACAAUAACCAACAACAACAACAACAACAGCGUAAUUCUAUUGAACAUAGAGGUGAUCGUGAACAUAGAGAUCAUGGACGAAGUGAACAUAGGGAGAGAGGUGAGCACCGAAGUAGUGAGCGUGACAAUCGUGAGCAUAAGGAUGUCAUUGGUAGACCAGAGCGAAGCGAGCAUAGAGAGAGAGGAGAACGUGACAAUCGUGAACAUCGUGAAAGAGGAGAGCGUGACAAUCGUGAACAUCGUGAAAGAAGUGAGCGUGAUAACCGUAGUGGUGAAUAUCGUGAAAGAGGUGAACGUGACAAUCGUAGUGGUGAACAUCGUGAAAGAGGUGAGCGUGACAUCUCCAGACAAGAGAGAGAUAAAUCAAUUGAACAUCUCGUUGGAGAGAGAAAGAAUGAUAAAGUUGACAGAGAACUCAGAGACAGAGACAGAGAGCACAGAGAAAGACCAGAGAGAGGUGAACGUCCUGAGCGUCCAGAGAGGGGAGAGCGACUUGAACGUCCUGAACGUCCUGAACGAUCUGAAAGAGGUGAACGUCCAGAGAGAGGAGACCGUCCUGAGCGUCAAGAUCGUAUGGAAAGAAGUGAACGUCCUGAACGUCCAGAGAGAGGAGACCGUCCAGAGCGAGCAGAGAGAAGAGAGGAGAGAGAACACCAUCGACCGGAAAGAAGCGAGCGACCAGAACGCGGCGAAAGAGAGCACCACCGCUCAGAACGUUCAGAGCGAGACCGUGAGCACUCUCGACCCGAUAGAGAAAGUCUUAGACAGGAGCGUGAGCGUGAGAGAGAACGUGAACGUGAACGUGAGCGCGAGAGAGAAAGAGAGCGUGAGCGUGAUAAACACCAGGUCAUCGAACACACUCACGACCCAGUGCCCUCCAAACCCGAACCAAAAGCCAAUCUCCGUAUCCCCAUUCGACUUCCAAAGAAUGUUGGAGCUGGUGGUAGUAGCGGCAGCAGCAACAGCUCUACAACCUCAUCGUCAAAGGAAGAGCAACACCAGGCACCACCCACCGUUCAACAUCCAAUCGAUAACACAGCUAUCGAUAUCAAUAUAACAUCACCACCACCACCUGUACAAGAAUUGAAAAAGAGAAUCGUAUUUAAAUCUAACACCAACAAUAACAAUAACAACAACAACAAUAAUAAUAAUAAUAGCACACCACAAAAGACUGAAUCAAUUACAUCGACCACAACUACAACUACAACGACAAACACUUCGUCGACAACACCCAAUCCACAAACACCUCCAAACAAUACAGGUGACAGCAAUCCAGCACCAAAACCUAAACUUUUGCUUAAAAUCAAUUUGGGUGCAAAUAAGAUCCAAAAGGAAAUUUAA